AUGCCGCAUAGGAAAUCAGGAAGUCUAGUCACUUACGAAAUCUUUUCUCUUUUAAACGUUACCUUCCUCCUUGAACACAGUUUCCUCCCAAAGAAGCCAGCCUUUCUUUUAACUGCUCUGAGUCUCCAACCUUCCUACAAUACUCAAGGGAGGUUCCAAGGUGAAGAAAUAAUGGUUUCAGACUCUAAACAGAAAAGACGGAGAAGCCGAAGGAUUGCCCGUCUCCCUCAAGAACUUGUGACUGAGAUUCUUCUCAGACUGCCUAUAAGAUCUCUGGUAAGGUCUAAAUGUGUGUGCAAGGAAUGGUUCACCCUCAUCAAUGACGACCCUCAAUUUGCAAAAUCUCAACUUCAACAAUCUGCAUCUGGGAUCAUCGGUGAAUCAUCAAAACCAGGCAUCUUUUCCUACUUCAGCUUAGAUGUUAAAAAGGAACAAAUCGAUUUCAACAUCAGAGAAAUCGUGAAGGAUGAUGUGACCCUUCAAGACUCCUGCAAUGGUCUCCUGCUGUUAAAAAGAGAAAACUGUGUCGAGCAAUACUAUAUCUGUAACCCUAUAACCAAAUGGUAUUUGAAGCUUCCUCAAUUUCUCUUCCUCGGUGACGAUGACCAACAUUGGUGGUCAUCAUUGGCUUACGACAAUUCAAAUCAAAAGUAUAAGGUUGUGAUCACUUAUUGGAAGCCAGACAAGCUUCUCUAUGACCCAAUGUCAUACAAGUGCGGGGUAUUUACAAUACUGGGCAACAAAGAUGGUGGUGGUGAUGGUGAUGGCAGCAGCAGUGGAUCUUGGAGAGAGUUGGACAUACCAGCACCCUAUGAGCUCGCACCGUGUUGCCCGUGUUUUGCCAAUGGAGCUUUGCAUUGGAUGGCAAAUGGAAGACCUGAAGAUAUGGAUGAAUACAUCUUAUUGAUGGAACUUGCAAAUGAGGAAUUUAGAGUUAUCAAUAGCCCACUACCCCCAAUAGAAUGGCCUUCUGCUCUACUAAAGAUGAAGGGUUCUCUAUGUAUUGCCCAUUCAGUCUCUGAUCAGCUGGACUUGUGGGUUUUGAAUGAUCAUGUGAAGCAAAAAUGGGUUAAGAAAUUCAGUAUCAAUGUUGAAGUAUUCGCAGGAAAAAAUUCUUGGUUGUGCCCGUGUUUUGUGAUGGGGAAUCCUAGACCUGUGUUAACCUUCUUUUGUACCUUUAAUGAGGACUAUGCAAUCUAUGAUCUGGAUAUUGGGCAGUUUAAGUUCGAGCGCAAGGGAAUCGACAUGGGAAGAAGUAGUAUCAUUGCUCAUGUCAACAGCCUUAUCAGCUGUUAA